UGGGGGUGCUGAACAGCGGGGUCGUGUCGGGGUUUGGGAUAUUUUGGGAUAUUUCGGGAUAUUUUGGGAUAUUUUGAGAUAUUUUGGGAUAUUUCGGUUUUCUGUCAGUUUGGUGACACCGGGGCUGUUUUGGGGUAAAAAUCUGAGUUUUUGGGGUUCCCUUUUCGCCCCCGCAGAGGUGGAGCAGGGGAUGGGGGUGCUGAACAGCGGGGUCGUGUCGGGGUUUGGGAUAUUUUGGGAUAUUUCGGGAUAUUUUGGGAUAUUUUGAGAUAUUUUGGGAUAUUUCGGUUUUCUGUCAGUUUGGUGACACCGGGGCUGUUUUGGGGUAAAAAUCUGAGUUUUUGGGGUUCCCUUUUCGCCCCCGCAGAGGUGGAGCAGGGGAUGGGGGUGCUGAACAGCGGGGUCGUGUACGCCCUCUGGGAUUACAGCGCCGAAUUUGGGGACGAGCUCUCGUUCCGGGAGGGGGAACCGGUGACCGUUCUGCGCCGGGAGCCCCCCGAGGAGCUGGAGUGGUGGUGGGGGUCCCUCUAUGGCCACGAGGGAUACGUCCCCCGCAACUAUUUUGGGCUCUUCCCAAGGGUGCGACCACAGAAGAAAAAAAUCUGAGGGAGGGGCGAGGAGGGGGCGUCCUGGACCCCUCCCCCCAAAUUUCGGGCUCAGCUCCUUUGUUUUCCCCUCCCCCACCCGUGGUGUCCCUGUCCUUUAAUUUUGGGAUUUUUUGGGAAUUAAAAAAAUAAAUAAAUAAAAAUUCUUUUGGAUGCUCCA